CGAUGAACUCUUUUAUUCUUCCAAUCUACUUUCACGACCUCUUUCGUAACACAGUUUCGACGACGAUCAAGAUUCCGACGUCGAUCUCCGGCUGUCGGGAGCGUUUCAUUCCGGCGCCUUCACUGUUGGAUCAGUAGGCUUCAUCAUGAAUCCCGAAUAUGACUACUUGUUCAAGCUUUUGCUUAUAGGAGAUUCAGGUGUUGGAAAGUCAUGCCUGCUUCUGAGGUUUGCUGAUGAUUCAUAUUUGGACAGUUACAUUAGCACAAUUGGUGUUGACUUUAAAAUUCGCACUGUGGAACAAGAUGGGAAGACAAUUAAACUUCAAAUUUGGGACACUGCUGGGCAAGAACGUUUCCGGACAAUUACCAGUAGUUACUACCGAGGAGCACAUGGCAUUAUAAUUGUUUAUGACAUAACUGAUCAAGAAAGCUUCAAUAAUGUUAAGCAAUGGUUGAAUGAAAUUGAUCGCUAUGCAAGUGAAAAUGUGAACAAGCUUCUGGUUGGAAAUAAGUCUGAUCUGACAGACAACCGGGCUGUGUCCUAUGAUACUGCUAAGGCCUUUGCUGAUGAAAUUGGCAUUCCAUUCAUGGAGACCAGUGCAAAGAAUGCCAGUAAUGUUGAACAAGCUUUCAUGGCAAUGGCAGCUGAUAUAAAGAAGAGGAUGGCAAGCCAACCAGCGGGGAGCAAUGCCAAGCCACCAACAGUGCAGAUUCGAGGACAGCCCGUUAAUCAGAAGAGCGGCUGCUGCUCUUCUUAGGCAUUAUGCUAGGCCCUGCAUAGACUAUACUGGGUUUAGAGCCCUCUCAAAUUACAGAGUGGAAAUUAUACAGGGUGGGGUUUACUUUAAGGAUGAUGAUGUUGCAUCAGAAGGAAGUCAUUAUUAGACUUUUACUUAAUAGCUUAUUAACUUUGUUGUUACUUGUUAGUGGUGAUUUGAAUGCUUGGAUAAUCAAACAACCAAAAAGCCUAAAGCAUUGUGAAGAAUUUCAUCUUGCUCUUGUUUAUCAA